UCAGACGGUGUUUAGACAGGAGACAUGGGACUGUGGAAUCACCGAGGGGGGGAAACUCUUCUCCAAAACAACACAAACACAGGGAAAGAAGUCGUAUCCAGCCAGAAGACAUUUAUUGGAGCUUUACUUUUACACGUGUAUUGAUUUAUACUAAGACCGAACGAGAAGACUUAGAUGACAACUGAAGUUAUCCGUGCUUUUUUGAUACCUAGAGCAAAGUGCCACUCCUUCGCUUAGCGCAACAGCUCCACUACACAGCUGGCCAAAUGGGGUGCCAAUGCUGCAGGAUGAUAAAGAGCUACAUGUACGACCCCUCGGUGGCGGUGGAUGUGAGGAAGACGGACUCUGCCAGCAGCUCGCUCUACCAGCCACACCAACUCCCCCGCUGCGACCCGCUGCAGAAGCAGAAGCAGGGCUUCAACAACCUGGGCUACAGCAAGUCCAACGACAGCACGCUGAAACUGGAGGUGGACAACAACCACGUCAACCACAGGCUGCACUCACAACCCAACGAGCCCCACAGGCAGGCGACAGAUGGAGGUCUGUACAUCAUCCAGCCAGAAGCUCUGGGACCCAGGUGGGUGAUGCAGGAAAGAGGCCCGAGCCAAGUCCCCGUUUACCCCAACAGACAGGAGAACCAGAGGAGCUUCUCCGAGCAGGAACGCCAUGUGACGAAGAGCAGGUGGGACAACGGCGUAAAGGAGUGUGUGAUUGGCAGUGAGAGCCUGUCAGCAGACGAGAUAGACGAGGGAGUGGGCGGGACUCCGGAGUACCUGUUUGACACGGGGGACGAAGGGAGCAUCCUGUCGGUGGACCUCCAGACCAGCACCACCAGCCUGUCCUCUGCCGACACCAGGGACGGGCUCCGACUGCCCAAGGGUCUGGACGUUUCAACGGUGGAGAGCGGGAUCUCGGUGAUGAAGAGCGAGGACGAGGAGGAAGGGGAGGUGCAUAGCGUCAUGGACUCAAUGGUGGCAGAGGCUCUAGCUGCUCUAGAGGCUGCGACGGCCGGGGAGGAGUACGAGUGACAGGACGCCUCACAAAAAUGUCCCAAAUUGGGAUCAAUUAAGUACUAUCUUAUCUCUUAUCUUAUCACCAAACAACUCACGGACCUGAAUGCUACUUGACGGUGUGUUCAUAACCACCACGUAACUUUAAAGAUCAUGGAACGAAUGAAGGAAAACUAAAUAAGUACAGAUUUAUUUUUGAACUCAAAAUCUUGUAUAUUUUUUUAUUUUGGACACUUUGACAGAAGAUGUUUGCCUUGUGAAGAAGGCAACUUUUCAAAUGCCACGAGUGAGAGGUUUGUAGACGAUAGAUAUCUUUUAAAUGAAGUGUGUUUAACACUCCACAGUCCUAAAAUGUGCUCAUCCACUGCUUUGCCAUGUCCAUACUGCCCUUUUACAGGUGAAUGUUUGCUUCAUUCUGGAGCAUAGCUAUGCUAAUUGCUAGCAUAGAGCUAAUUGUGAACACACGGCCCUUGCCAGGGGCGGACUGGGACUAAAAAUCAGCCCGGGAAACUCGACCGGCCGACUGGCCCAACUCGGUACCGCUAGUCAAUAGUCAACGGGGGGUGCUAGUGAAUUGUCCGACCGGCCCACUUCGGUACCGGCCCACCGGGAAAACUCCCGGUAUUCCCAAUGGCCAGUCCGCCCCUGGUCAUUGCAUGUUUUUUUUAUAACUAUGUUAAUGUCUUUGGUUUGUAUUUAUAAUAUCCUCACUUACAUUGAUUUAUUCUGAGAAGAAACAGGAUGGAGGACGUGGCAGCGGUCCUUAUUUAUAACUUUUUGUGUCAUCAUUAAUUCCGUCAUAAUUAAGCAGAAUGAAUAUCGUAUCUACUUUGAAAUUUAGGAAAAUGUGUUUACACACUGUUGUUACAUCAUCACAUACAUGUACACUGACAACUCUUUGUUUUUCUGUCAAUAAUGUAACUGAUUGCUCAACAUUACAGAGUGGGACCACUUUAGUUUAACCUUAGCUUAAUGAGAUCAGAGGGGGAACCAUAAAGCAGUUUCGACAGAGCCAAGUUUUUUAACGAUAGCCUGCCAGACAAAACCUAAAAUCCCAGUCAGAGAGAUAACGGAAACCAUGACGAUUUUCCUUGCAUCCUGCACGUUCCACUAAAAUACGUUGUUUUGAGCAAGCCAACACUUACAAUACACAAUAUUUUACGUUUUUUGAAGCCAGGGACUAAAAAGGAAGAUUGCUUUGACCCCUGAGGCAAAUUUGUCAUAUUUGGCUAUACAAAUAAAAUUGACUUGGCUUGACCUGUUAUCGUCUCGCAACGUGGUUCACCCCUCAGCUAAGGUUAAAUCAUUGGAUAGAAACGCACCAAAGGGCCGUCAAUUCCCCCGACUAGCUCUGUUUUUUCAGGUCAGGCUUUGUGUUUCUAGCUGGCCUAUGACAUUAGUUCAACCUGCAGCUUGGUUAAGUGCCUUAUAAGGAACUGAUUGAGGUUAGAUGGUGAGCGUGUUAAUAUGCUGUUUUGCUCAUUGAAGUUCUGAGUUCUGCGACUCCCCUUAUCACUCAUUGUUUGCCUGCCAAAUCAUUUCUUCCAUAUUUGUAUUGUAAAAUAAAGGAAUUGACUUUAAACAUU